AUGGCGCCCGCUUCCACCAAUACUGGAAUCCCGAAAGACUCUUGUGUUCUAGUUACUGGUGUCAACGGCUAUGUCGCCUCUCACAUGGCGGAACAGCUCCUACAGCAGGGCUACAAAGUCUGUGGAACUGUACGGGACCCAUCUAAGAGCCAAUGGAUUGAACACCUGUCCCACGAGAAGUAUGGUGGCGACCGGUUUGAGCUAGCCAGGGUUGAGGACAUGACUGCGCUUGGUGCCUUCGACCAAGCAGUCAAAGGGAUGUCUGGCGUGGCCCACGUCGCAACUAUCCUGGGCCACACACCCGUAUUGAUCACGGGGGUUAUCAGUACUAAUCGAAGCCUCCUUAUCAGCGCAGCGAGAGAAGACACAAUAAAGCGAUUCGUAUACACUUCCUCGUCCGAGGCAGCAACCCUCUCAUCCUUCUCGGAGCACCAAGAGGGGUCAAGCAUGUCUAUAUCUGCGAAUGCGUGGAAUGAAGAGGCUACUCUGGGUGAGCAGGAGAUAUGGAAGUGGGCAGCAGAGAAUCGCCCGGGGUUCUUUAUAAAUACGGUCCUGCCGUCUGUAUGCUUCGGGGCCUCCAUCGAUGCUAAUUCUCAGGGCCAUUCCUCAUCAUCUGGCUGGCCCGCAGCUAUUUUUCGUAACCAGUUUGAUCAGGUCUGGCCAUUCCUGCAGCACAUCAUACCUAAAGGCGCCUACUACGUUGAUGUGGAGGAUGUUGCACUUCUCCAUGUGGCGGGUCUCACCCACCCGGAAGUGAAGAAUGAGCGUCUCUUCGCUUUUGGGAACCCCUUUACAUGGCACGAAGUCGUGUCCAUAUAUCACGAACUGCCAGGUGCCAACAAGAUGGUUCAUUAUGACAUCGGGCCGGAUGCCCGUGCGCAGGAUUUACUGAGGGUAAUGGGAAAGCCUGGGUGGUCUACCUUGGAGGACACUCUGAUGGCGAACGUAUCGGACAUAUUCCAGGCUACAGAGCAAACGGGGUGACCCAAAUGUCUCAAGAUAAUUUCAGGGAAAGUGGAAAGUGGGACGGUAGCGGAU